GGGCAGGGCGGAGGAUCAUUAAUCCUUGUUUAAAGAGGAAGAAAGGGAGAGAUGCAGAUUACGAUAAGAUGAACCUAUUGGAAAAAUUUCUUCUAUCAUAUCUCAAGCCUGUCAUGUCAUGUGUGAACAUCAUACCGUGCAACGAUAAGAAUAAAUAAACCCCACGCAAGAAAUCCCGUGCACUUCAAGGAGAAGGGAGGAGAUUCUAAUCAAGUCUUUUUUUGUUUUUUUUGAAGGCAUGGAUGGAGAAGAUAAGAAAUAGAAAAGAAAAGAAAAACUGUUUCAAUAUAAACGUCGCUCGCUGGAUGGAUAGAAACCCGAACAAAGCACAAGUCUGAAUACCCCGUUUUUCCACCCCCAAAAAGCAAUGAAGGGAACACGAAAAUCUCUCGACUCCAGAAGAUAUGAUAAAGGUUAAAAAAAAAAGAAUCAAUAAGUACCGUACGGCAACUAACCCUGCCGAUGAUGAGCGAGUCCCCUUUGGAAUAUUCCCAUGGCAUACCGGUAACCAUGCGAUAAAAGGAAGGAAGCGGGCGGAACAACAGCAACAAAAGGAAAAAAUGGAGGAAUUAAACCGCGCAAAAAAUAAUGGGAAAUAUAACAGGAGGUAAUGAGAUUAGAUGAAAGAGAAUGGGGAAAUAUGGAUAUGCGCUUAAGGUACGACUGAGUGUAUCGACACGUCACGAUAGUUUAAGGUUCCUGUGCCUGAAGAAAGAAAGGUCGUGAUCAAAUCAAAUCAAACCCCAUCCCCUUCGGUCCAUUACCCGGAAGUUCCGGCACCACUCCCGUCAUAAUAAUCCUCGGCUUGACCGUCAGAGUACGCAAUGGCACUACCAGAAUCGCUGCUGCCGACCAUCUCAGGCGGGGUGGUCCAGCCGUUGGCGCUGCUGCCCUCGCUCUUGAAGCAGUACAGUCUGGCUUCACCAUCCUCCCCUCCGGUAACCAUCUUGGAGUCGCUCAGACCGACGCAUGUCACGGGGCCAGAGUGGCCGGUGAUGGUGCGCUGACAGCGGCCUGUGCGGACGUCCCAGACCUUCACCAUUCGAUCCUGCGCACCCGAUAUUACUCGGAGGGAGUCUGCAGCCAGGGCCCACACACCUUCGACGUGGCCGAACAGCGUCUUGGUGCAUUUACCCGUGGCAACGUCCCAGAACUUGACUUGGGAGUCGAGCGCGGCUGUGAUCAUCUGCUUUGGUGGAGGCGCGCGAGCACGGGAUCGGUUGGGCGAAUCCGAGGCGUUUGCUUCUCGGUACUCUUCCAAUGGAUGAGUGGGGUGGUGGUGCGAUGGGGGGAUCUGGGGUUUUAUCGGAGGGGAGGAAAGUGAGGAGGAGGAACCUUCUCCGCUCGCUGCUGCUCCUCUCGGGGAUUGAUGGUUUAGAAGUUGUAGAGGUAUCACCUGCUGGACGUGGCCAACAUGCCCCUCGAAUACCCGUAUGCAUGCUUUUGUGUCGAGAUCCCACAUUCUCACUGUCUGGUCGUCUGAGGCGGAGAAAAUCGUCCUGGAACUGGAGUCCAAUCGCACCGAAUUGACCCAGUCUGUAUGCCCUUUCAGCGCGAAGCAGCUCUUGUCAGCAAAAUUCCAUAUCUUGAUGGUCUGGUCGAUGGAACCGGACGCAAGCAGAUUCUCAUUAAAGUGAACGCAUAUCACGCCGUCCGUGUGACCCCGCAAGGUUGAUAUGCAUUCACCUGUUCGCCAAUUCCAUAUCUUCAGGGAUUUAUCGAGGGAGCCCGAAAUAAGUUUUUGAUCGUCGAACAUUAGCGCGCGGACAGCCAGGUCGUGUCCUACGAGGGUUCGGAUCUCUUGCCCACUCUCGAUGUCCCAGAUCUUUAUGGUGCGAUCGUAGGAGCCAGUCGCGAGCAUGUUAUCGUCAAAUUGCAGACACAUUAUUCCGUCUGAAUGGCCCUGGAAGACCUUCUUGGUGCACCUUCCCCGACGCCAGUUCGAUUCCACCUUAUAUCGUUCUGAGUAGACAUCUUUCCAAGGACGGGUUUUUGACGGGGGAGGCACGGCUUCGGAUUCGGGGCGGUGACAAGGCCGCUUCGCCGAUGAGCUCGGCGUCAUCUCAACAUCCUCGGAACCGUUGUCCGUUGAGCGCUUCCCGUGAAUAUUGAGCAACCUUGUUCCGGCAGUGAUGCUAGCCGUAAAAAUCAGGCCGGGCUCCUUCGCUCUCAAUUCCAUUUGCCUUUUCGUCGCUCUUAAUCUCUUCCUCUCUAGUAAAGGUAGUCCCCACCCGCACUUGUCACACUUCCUAUCAAUAUGCUGUUCGCACAUCUUAUGCCAUACGACGUCAUCAUCUGCUAGCGUUCUCCAUCGAUGACUGACUUGCGCGGCUUUGCAUAAAGAUGCAGUAUCCAAAUAACAUAGAAUUUUGAAUGCGAUUUCGGGAGGAAGUGCGGUUAAGAAGUCGAUGCGGAUCAAUGUGCUAAGGGCAGCAGAAAUGAAUGAAAGUUGAGGAAAGCAGCAUUGUGCCAGGAUUCCUUGUAGCAUCAUAUUCCUAUGGGUUGCUGGUGCAGCAGAGAAUAGCGACCAAACGUGCGAGAUUGCUUGCUGGUCCGCAGCGGGUAGUGUUUCCAUUUGCUUUUGAAGCAAUUAGCCAAAUGUCCCUUCACUCUCAGGUCCGAAAAGGGCCCUUGAUAUUCUCUCACACCCCCUCGGAUUUGUAAUCAGACCUUUUGCAGCUGUUCCAUAGUAGGCUCGUCCGCCCGCCGCCUACAUUUGAUAUCGGGCCUAUGCCGAUAACAAUACUUUGUGUUGCCCUUCUCGGAUUCAUCUUGCUGUGUAUCCUGCUGACCACGCGGUCCUUGAGGCGCGUAUUGUUCCGGGAUGUGCUUCGACAAAAAAGGAGCGACGCCCUUUCCGACGUUCUCGGUUGUAUCCGCUGGUAUAGCAGGGACAAAAAGCUCUGGCUCGCUCCCCUCCAUCUCCUCGGUGCAAGUAUUGGAGUUGAAAAUGGAGGAAAUUUUUCGUUUUUUAAAGGGACUGGGAGCGCUGGCGGGCUCGCAAGUGUUUUUCAGGGACGGGGGUGGAACGGCAGAUGGCGGUGUGGGGGCUCGCGUGAGAGCUGAGGAAGGUCGUGGCGGUGGUGGUUUUGGAGGUGCGGUCGAGGAUGCCGUGAGCACCGUCAUUUUUGUCAAGCUGGGCUGUGGCGUCCAACCAGGGUUGUGCUACGGUAUGAGAUCUCUGGGAAGGAGUGGGUGUGGUUGGUUCUCGGCGACACUUUUUUGGUGGGGUGGCAGAGAAAGCAAGAUGUGAUAAAGACGACCACUAUCCCGCCCUGUCAACAACGUGUUGCAGGGGAAGAGAAGAGAGAAGAGAGAAGAGCAGAUGUCGUUUUUGUCGGAGAAUGGAGAUGAAGGGAGACGAUAUCUGGAGAGAAGAAUUAUCGCCCUGUAAUACCGUGCAUUUACUUCAGAAGGCCUGAGUCGUGGACCGGCGAUGAGUUUUUAACGAAGGGGAGUCCAGCUUGGCUGGGUUAGGUUUUCUCUUUAAGGCUGGGAGCGUUACCUUGAAGGUUCUCAUCAUUUUGACCGCGAUUGCACCAUCCGCUACGGGAGCUUCUCUUCUGGACGAAACGCCCAUCUUGACACCUCCGAACAGGAAAGAUACCGCACAGUGCAACAUUCUCGGAACUCUGGGGGGAUCCGAUAAACAAGGCGGGUUGGACCCCACGGCGGAAAAUUUAAAACAAGAAAGCCCGUACAAUUUACCGUGUCCCGUCUCUCUUUCCACCCCGUUCUUUUAUCCUGGAGUCUAUCCCCCGUCAGGACCUUUAUACCCACUACCCGUAUUUCGAUUUUGUUUCUCCUUCUCUAUACAAGGGCCAUUACAGCCUCAAUACAAUUAAUUUAGCUAGCUAAGCUUCACUCGAAAGCUGUUUCAAAUUGUACAGUACACGAAUGGUUCUGUCUUAGCUCUCCUGAAGCUAUUGUCUGCAAGCACCCACGAGAGAUCCUGAAGGAGCUCCAUAGUGAAAGGGAAAGACAGGGUUACGCGGACGAUACAGGACAAACGAACCCCUCAUCUCUCCUCGGUUGUAAGGUACUCGGCUUCUCAUAAUCAACCAUCAUGUCGCCAUCCCCACCGCCGCCUCCGUCAUUGCCCGUUUCUGCCUCUCAGGCAGCGUCCGGAGCCGCAGCAGCUUCCCCUCAGUCCGUGGAUCUGACAAACUGGUUCCUCGAUGCCAAACGUUCUUUAGCCUCCGUAGCUUUGUGUGCUCGUGCAAACUCCUUGGUAGAUUCCGCAAGAGGGGCCUUGCAGGAAGCAGCUAUUAUCUCUUCAAAAUGUCUCUUCUUACGAAACGCUCUGCAGGACCAGCUCCUGGUUGCUAUCAGGGUGAACAGGAUGAUGCACUCGGUUCGGGAGGCUUCCAAGAGCGAUUUCGAGGUUUGUCUAAUCUCGUUUUCCUUUCUCUUUUUUUUCUCCUCUCCCCUUGACUACUUGCCAUUUCCGGGGGGGGGGGGGGGGUGGUUCGCUCUCGAUCAGUUGUCCAGAAGAUUUCAUAUUGUUAUUAUUAUCCCUUUUCUUCGAUUGCGGGAGUUGGGUGGGGGUUAUGGGCUUCUUGGGCUGGGGAAUGAUGGUUUGUACGGCCGUUGCUCAUUUUCGAGACAGAUGACGAGAGAGCGUUUAUUCUAUUUUUCCCUUUAAAUCUUAGAUCGGGUGUCACGAGGCUGACUCAGACCGUAAUAACUGAAUAGAAGAUUGUUGCGGACUUGGAUAAUGCCGAUGCUAGGCUCAAUCAAACCUUGGGGGUGCUCCGGAAGUCAGUGGUUGAUCCUGCGUUCAAUCCUCCAAGUAAUCCGGAAGGCGAAGAAUCUACCCCAACGUCAACGAAACAUCGGACAUUGCAUGAUUUUGUCGACGAUGAGGGGAUUGAGAACCUUAAGUCAAGAUUGCGGCAUUUGAUCGAUCAAGUGCAGGUAAGUGGAUGCACAAAUCUCCAAAUUUUAUAGGGUGCACAAAGAUGCAUCCAAUCACCCUUCCCCCCAAUCAUGCAAUUUCCACCCCCUUCGACAUCAUUGGCUUACCAAAACGGGCACUCCCCGUCUAGGAAUCCCACGACGCGCUUUUGACGUCUUUAACCGAAUUCGAUGGGGAUAUCUCGGAGCUCGAUACGGCGAUCAAUAACCUUACAGAGUUCGCAUCCAAUAAUGCGCAGGGCGGGCGAAUCACCAGCGAGUCCAUAAUGCCCCAGAUACAUGCCCUAGAAGAUCAGGCAAAGGCAAUGGCAGGGUUGCUUGAAGCCUUGACCCAACAUUACGAUCGUUGCUGCGCGGCACUAAAGCAAUCUGAGCCCACUACAAAUCGCAAUCAGGAGGGUGGGAUGAUGGGUAUGGCAGAGAGUAUGUCCCCAGAAGAGAAGCAGGAGAUGUAUAGGGUCCUUGAGAAGGACGCAUUGGAAGUGGACGAUGUCGUCACCGAAUUGAAAGAGAGAUAUAAUGAUAUGGAAAACAUUCAAUCACACAUCCUGGGACAGCUCGAAGAAUUGAAUAUGUUGCGCCAUAAUACCUAUGCUACCUUUGCGCUUUUUGAGCAGUUCCAGACAAAUCUGGGCUCGUUUGUGGAACGCAUGCGGGAAUUUGAGACACAGCAGGAUGGGUAUGCAAGGGGUAUGGAGGAUAGACUGGAUGAACUUUGGCAGUUGGGCGAAUUCUACGAAGGGUUCAUAAGCGCCUACGAUGCUAUGGUAAUAGAGGUUGGCAGAAGGAAAGGCGUUUCUGUCCGAAUGGAGGCUAUCAUUCGGGAUACGAUGAAGAGGCUACAGGUGCUCUACGAUGGUAAAUUUCCCCUUUUGGCCCGCGUUAGGAACCUGCAUAUUAUAUCUUUUACCAUUAUUUUUUUUCUUUUUCUUUUUCAUCACUAGCCACACACCCUCCUGUGCCCAGUAUAUGUUUUGGAUCUGAUCAGCCUGAGAGUUCCCUUUUUUUUUCCUUCAUAUCCCGAAUCCCAAGGUUUUGCGUGGAACUAACGGCAGUUUUCUCAUGUCUUACAGAUGAUCUGGCAGAUAGAGAGGCUUUCAAGGAGGAGCAGGGCCACCUCUUGCCGGUCGACAUUUGGCCCGGUGUCAUGGAUCUACCUAUCCGUUAUUCGGUAGCCAAGGAUACUAACGGGGCAAAUGAGUUGCCGGGGAUUAGCAAGGAGGUUGUUGGGAAGGCUCUGGCGCGGCAGCAACAGCAGGGCAAGGGCGGGAUGUGAAAAGGGUAUAUCUAGCUCCAGCGAAGACGAGGGAGGGACCGCGUGCAUAGGAGUAGGAGGACGAGGGGGAGCGGGGGAGAGAGGGGACCAAAUAUGCUGCAAGGUGAGAUAUGAUACAAGGAUUCCGGCAAUACAGGUAUGCAGAUAAGAUUCGAAAUCUGCUCCAAUCUUGCGCAUAACUAUCGUAGGCCGCUUUGGUGUGUGUUGUGCAAUGAACGAUUUACCGGUAUCAUAUUCCUUUGAACCCUUGCAAAAGAGAAUGUCCACUCCUUUCUUUUUUGGCCUUUUUUCUUUUUUCGCUUUCGUUAUUUACAUUUCAGAGGCCGUCCUUUAACUUGAGCUGGCUCCUCUCGCUUUCGGAUAUAUCAUUUCUCCGAAUCGCCCCCCUCUAUUUUUUUUUUAAUUUUUUGAUUUUUUACUUUCAAUCUUUUCCCCUUUUUGACAAGGCAUUUAAAUCUGCCCAUGCCCGCCCCCCCUCGGCAGAGCUGGCUAAUGGGCGUUUCUGUCACUGUUUUGUUUCGAUUCGUUACGGCCUUUUCUUUUUUCUCUGUUCUCUGUUUGCUUCCAUCAUCUGGUUCUCGGGGUGUUGAGGGGUUUAUCUAACCAUUCAUUCAUCUAUCCAUACAAGGGGUGGUGAAUCCUGGCCCUAUCUGUACGAGUAUGAGUAUCAUUCCAAUACUACAGCAUCAAUCUAUGGUACGAUAUCUAUCUACCUUAUGGCACACCGUAUGAUAGCCGAGCACAUCACCCCGCAUACCACCUCCCCUAUUCCCCUCUACUCGAGUAUCCUUCUGGUGCCAGCCCACGGUCAUCACACAGCCACCUCAUUCAGUAUCGAAUACGGAUGGGCAAUAGGCUGAUCUACGUACCGUAUGCACAAUACCCUCUCCCUCACCCAUCCGGGGCCCGCCCCCGUUUCUUCUCCACUCGUCACUUGCCAGCCCGUUUCGAAAAUGGGCGUGCGGUUCGAUGAUCAUUGCCGCUUCCGUUAUAUUUGGAUAUAUAAAACGGGAAUUCCAAUAACCAGACGAACAAAAUAAAUUAUCUACCCCCCCCGUCCGGAAUUGACAUUACCGUUGCUACCAUUGCUACCCCUACGGCACAGUUACUAUACGAGUACCGCUCCCGUGAUUUUCUCCCACAAUAUAUAGUAUGAUAGCACAGCGCAAGUAAAGUUUCACCAUUUAUCCCCCGGAAUGUUUCCGUUCCGGCACGAUAAUGUUACGGAAUCAAUUCCCAUUCCCCCCCUCCGCACGUGCACGAUACCACUACUCGAGCAUAUACGUACCGUUGUUUUUUGGAGCUCCGUUUCCGUAGCGGUCAUGAUGUACCGGUAGACCAAACGCAGGCUACAUGUGCACGGUGCUCCUGGGGGGGGGGAACUCGACCGGUUCCCACUCUCUGCAGUAUCAUGGUUCCUCUGCGACAUGCUGGUACCCUUCUGUACUGGUCCAGUGCCGUAUCAUGCUCUACCGGUACCCGUGCAUUAGGUACCGCACAUACUACAUACAUACAUACAUACAUACGGCACAGCACUGAGACCGCACGAGAAGACAUUUAUCAUAAUGUCAUCGUCGUCAUUACCUUCGAUACCGUGUGUACGUAUCGUACUCGAGUCCGGCACCGGUAUCAGACAGUACCGGGGCAGGCAUACUCUGAUGAACUUUUUUUCUUUUUUACCCCUCGCCAGACGGAUGGAUCUACAUGACCAGAUAAGCAGCGUUCCAUCCCAUCCAUAAACACUUUCUCGCUCCUUAUCGGGCAUGUUUACACAGUGCGACGUUACCUAUCACUUUUUUCCUUCCGGGGAGGGGUUUCCCCUGAAAUUACCGCUCGGUCUAUUAUGUACGGUGCGGUACCGCACUGUACUCGUACUUUUGGUAGUGUAUUGCGACAUUGUCUCGAAGUGUUUUUGUUUUUUUACUCCAGUUCUUUUCUCUCUUCUCGUGGUACCGGCAUGCGGGAGGGAGGUAAGGAAGGGUGAAUCAUGGCUUGCGGUAUCCGACUAUCAUCAUGGUAUCCGUGUUUUUUCGUUGGUUCGUAUCGCAUCCUCCACCGGGGAGGAAGGGGGGGGGGGGGUGUGUGAUAAGGUAAGGUAAGGAAGGGUGCAUUCGUACAGUAUUCUGAUAUCAUAUCCUUCUUUCUUUCCUUUCUUCCUGUCACGGCCACCGCGCCGUACUGUACCUUUCAUUGCAUCAUAGGGUGGUAAAAGGGAGGAAGGAAGGAGGCCGAGUAUCAUACCGGUACCGUACCUACCGACCCAUGUUACACUCCCGUACCGUUACCGUAAGACAGACUUACCGUACGGCACUUGGCGCACUGCAUGUACUUGUACCAGUACAGUACUCGCCAGAUUGCGUCAAGUUACCUGUACGAGUACAAGAUGAUAGAUCUCAUUCAAGUACCGUGCUUGUACAAGUACCGCGAGUAGGGUACUUGAACCGGCGGAUGCAUGGAUGAAUGAAUGGACCGAUGGUAUCUAUCUAUCUAUCUACUGACUCCCUUUCCACCCAAGAAAAGACUGACUUACUGAUGACUGCGUCGGAGAUUGAAAAUGUGCGAGCGAGCUGCGUUGGCUGGCUAUUGGCCGGUCGGUCGGUCGGUCGGUUGGUUGGUUGGUGUGAUAUUAUGAUAUUUUGAUCCCCCUGUCACAUCUCAUACCGUGCCAGCACGGAUAAAUUGGAUUCUAUCAUAUUCCUUCCAUAUCGUACGGUACGGUAGUAGGGUGGAAGAAAGCUGUCUGAUAACCCGGACAGGACAGGACAGGACAGCCCAGGCAGGUAGGCAGGCAGGUAGGCAGGCAGGUAGGCAGGCGUGCAGGCGGGCAGGCAAGGAAGAAGAGCGGCUGAAGGUAGGAAGAAAAGAAAAAAGACUUGAAGUGAAAAGUGUAAAAAUAAAAAAAGGGUUUAUGAUGAUAUUUACAUUUUACUGGAUGGGGAAAGUUUAUGUUGGGGGGGGGGGAGUUGUUUACUUUUACUUUUACUUUU